GCAGGAUAAAGCCUCACACUGAUGGAGCAGCACCGAGGCUAUUGGGGGACUACGGGACGACGGUUUAUCCGGGCUGGUCAUGUGCCAGCCCUUGAUGUCGAUCAUUCGCCUUCGUAUAAUCGAUUUGCCCUUUCAGUCAACUUGAUUUGACCGUUUUAUUUUAUGCUGGGAUUUGCGUGCUCAUUUACAUAUCGAAGUCUUUUCAGAUGUGACAGUUAUGAAAAAGUGGCAACGUUCCUGCCGUCCUUGGAGCCCCGUUGGUGAUACAAUGGAAGCAUACCUUGACUGAAACGAAACAUCCGCGACAACUCUUCUAUAUCGGAGCCACUUUGUCAUGUCUUCGCACGGGCCAGUCAUUCAGGCACUUCCUCUGGACGUUGCGGCUAAAAUAAAAUCUUCAACCUCAAUCACUCACCUACAUGGAGUCGUUGUAGAUUUGGUCAAGAACUCGCUAGAUGCGGGCGCACAGACAGUCCUCGUCUCUGUGGACUUCAAACGCGGAAGCUGCAUAGUGGAGGACGAUGGGGAGGGAAUACGUCCAGCGGAGUUUGAACCCACCGGCGGGCUUGGAAAAGCGCACCAUACAUCCAAGUAUCGGCUUGCAGCUGCCUAUGGACGUCGUGGUCUAUUUCUAGCUUCUUUGGCCUCUUUAUCGCUGCUCACUGUAACGUCUCGUCAUAUCCAACAUGCGAGCACAAACUGCGUCAUAUUUCAUCACGCCAGACCCGUUGCAAGGCUAAUCCCUGCGCCGGCACCUCAAGCUCACCGGCUUGGUGAACAUGGGACUUGUGUCGCAGUAAAUGAUCUUUUCGGAAAUAUGCCAGUGCGCGUCAAGAGUCGAGCCAUGGCUUUCGAAAAUCCGGAAGAACUGGAGAGAGAAUGGGACCAUCUCCGACAUCUGCUGGUCUCUCUCACGCUAUCAAAUCGCCAGCUCUUGAAGCUUGUGAUUUCUGAUGUGACAAGGGGGAAGCGAGUCACUAUUCGUCCCAAUAAUCCUACACAGAAUGCCUCUUUACCCCAUGCUGCACUUGAAAUGAAUCUCGAACGCAUAGGAUCCAUUCUCUCACAAUCCGGCAUACUAGAUUCGCGGAAUAUGGAUUCAUGGCGUGUUAUAUCUGCCUCCGUUCAAAGCCUCACGAUACAUGCAGCAAUCUCAACCGUGCCAAGCCCUUCAAAGAAGAUACAAUUUAUCUCUUUGGGCAAGGAUCCAAUGCUGUCACGAAACUCUACCAAUGUUCUAUUCGACGAGGUCAAUCGACUAAUGUCUAUGUCUGACUUUGGGAACAGUAGGACUGCGUCUGAAACUGCAUUUUCAAAACAUUCAGCUCCUGUGGCUGGCAGAUCGGAAUCAUUGAACGAUUUAACGAACAGAACCUGGGCAAAGUCAGUCAAGAAAUGGCCAAUGUUCUACAUACGCAUUGAAACUGAGGGUCUUCAACAUUUGGAAGAUAGCGAUGAACCCUCUUCCGCCACUGAGAAGUCACUUCAAGAAAUCAUGGAAGUUUUAGAGGCGAUGAUCUUGGAGUUCCUGAAACAACAGAAUUUGCGACCUAGGGCGAGUAGACGACAAGGGAGAUUCCACGACCGGCCCCAGAGAACCAUCAGUGCUACACGCACCAGCUCUGCGCUAUCUGACAGUGUCGCCAAAAGCAGUCGGACCUUGAGCAUGAGGGAGGGUUUCAACAGUCAGUUGAAACUUCCCUCGUUGCGGAGAUCACACUCUGUCAACAUAGGACCGCACUUCAGCAAUUGGUCCCGUGUCAAAGCUGCCAAGGACCCCGAAGAUCCAGGUAUUGGCCUCAUUGGUGCGGAUCCUGUAUCUCAACACGACAACCUUUCCUCAGACAGGCAGCUGCCUCAAUCACCGGAGUGUCGACGAAGUCAAUUGAACCGCAGUCGACAUUUCCCUCUUUGCUCUCGUCGGCGCGAAAUACGACAGGAUGACAAAAUUCCACCCCUCCGUAGUGUCGAUGAUGCAAAGCAGAGCAAGUCGGGUCACCUUUCAUCCGAGACUACUGCUGACGAGUUGAUCCCUUGGGUUGACCCGCAUACUGGGAACACGCACCAGAUUAACUCACGAACGGGACAGACCGUCAACCUCAAAGCAAUCAGUGCUGGACCCAGAUCCAACAGCUUCCUUGGUACUUUACAAAGUCAGGGCAGAUCACAUAGGCCGAGAUCGGCGUCGUCAUCCAGCGUCUGGGUGGAUAAUCUGCUUGAUGCUUGGGACAACCCUACAUUUGCCAGAACAGAGGUACCAGUGCCAUACUUUGACGUCGAGGAGGAUCAACUUGCCAAUCUGGCGGGUUCGCAUCACUGUCACGGGGAUAUUGAAUCUUUGUACGGAACGCAAGUUGCCAAGUUCAGAGGCAAAUUACAACGUCAAAGCCUGACAACGGCCACCAUCAUCGCACAGGUGGAUCAAAAAUUCAUUCUCGCCAAAUUCGACCCUAUACACCCUAGUGCUACGGUUGAUCGUGACUCCGAUGGUGUUCUUGUCUUGAUCGAUCAACAUGCCGCCGACGAACGAUGCCGCAUCGAACAAUUGUUCAAAGACAUGUUCAUCUCGCCUGGCUCUUUGGAUCAACAUGAUCAGGUUCAGACUGUGGAUAUUGAACCAAUUUCUUUCAGCAUAUCUGCCACGAAAGCUACACUUUUCCGCAAAUACUUGGAUUUCUUUGGGAACUGGGGUAUUGACUAUGGCAUAACUACGCAAGCUUCAUCUGAGGUAACCGUCCAGGUCCAAGCGCUCCCAACUCUCAUCGCUGAACGUUGUCGACUUGAGCCAAACCUGAUCGUGGAUCUUCUCCGCCGUGAAAUUUGGAACUUCGAAGAGGGGAAUGGAAAACCGUCAGGCUCGAAAAAGUCCACAAGGAAAUUCUCAAUAGGCUGCGGUGGCGAUGAUGAUGAGUUCUCCGCUGACAGAACGGGGGCGAUCGCCGCGCAUCCGUGGGUACAAAAAAUGAGCGGCUGUCCGCAGAGUAUUCUGGACCUACUCAAUUCUCGGGCAUGUCGGGGGGCUAUCAUGUUCAAUGAUCCGUUAAGUCUACAGGAGUGCGAGGCACUGGUCAUACGGCUAUCGAGAUGCGCGUUUCCAUUUCAAUGUGCUCAUGGCCGACCGUCGAUGAUCCCGAUUCUUGACCUGCGCUCACAGCCUGUAAUCGGGAAUCUGCCCUCUGAUGCUGGCAUCACGGGCUCGGAUUAUGAUGAAUACGAUGAGAAUGGGGUAGAUUUCUUAGACGCGUUUCGGGCACAGUAUGUAAAUUAGACAAUCAACAUGGUCACCCUCAAUUUGUUCUUGGCAAUUCCUACAAUAUUACGAGGGUACUUUAUGGCCAUCCAGACGUUCUUGCUAUUGCAACUCUCCCGUCGUACGGAGUACUUUUGAUGUUGCCCCGCGCACUACUUAACCUCGUCCAAGAACGAGGCUUCAUGAUAUGUCACAUUUACCUUCGCGAAACACCCACCAAGACAUAAACAC